UCAAAGGUCAUGUUUACAAAAUCUACAGUAUUGUCAAAAACAAUAGAUUUUAAGAUGUCAAAAAUGAUACAAACAGAAGAUAAGGUACCGCUCCUUGGCAGCACAAGUACAAGUUCUAUGAAGGAACCACCCAAAGGAUGGGGUUACAGACAUUUGUUGGCAUUUCUGGCAUUCCUGGGUUUCUUCAAUGUUUACUGUAUGCGAGUUAAUCUCAGCGUAGCGAUGGUAGACAUGGUGAAGCCACAGCACAAAGACGAUCAAAACUCUACAGAUAACGAGUGCCCUGACCACAAUUUGAACAGUACAAAAAGUAAUGAUGGAGAAUUUGAGUGGAGUACAGAUCUGCAAGAUUAUAUUCUCGGAUCAUUUUUCUAUGGAUACAUUCUUACCCAGAUCCCCGGGGGCUGGAUGGCUGAAAAGUUUGGAGCCAAGUGGUUGUUUGGGCUUGGUGUGUUGUGCACAGCAGUACUCACGCUAGUGACCCCAAUAGCAGCAAGGUUCCAUGUAGGGGUUUUUAUUGCAGUAAGAGUGCUCGAGGGGCUUGGAGAGGGUGUGACAUUUCCCGCUAUGCAUGCUAUGUGGGGCAAAUGGGGUCCACUUUAUGAACGAUCUAAACUCACUGGAUUCUCCUAUGCAGGUGCCCAGCUUGGAACAGUAUUUGCGCUGCCAAUUUCUGGUUGGUUGUGUGAUCAGAAGUCAUUUGCUGGUGGAUGGCCUUCGGUUUUCUAUGUCUUUGGUGGUAUAGCAUGUCUAUGGUUUAUUGUUUGGACAUUAUUGGCAUACAAUACACCUGCUGAUCACCCCAAAAUUUCCAGAGAAGAAAGAGAAUAUAUAGAAUCAACCGUUGGUGUAAAGGAGGACAUUUCGACACCAUGGGGAGCUAUUGUGACCUGCCCUGCGGUCUGGGCUGUGUGUAUUGCCCAUCUGUCCAACAACUGGGGCUUCUAUACCAUGCUAACAACUCUACCCAGUUAUAUGAAGAAUGUUCUCAAAUUUGAUAUAAAAACUAAUGGAUUAUUAUCGGCAUUACCAUAUUUAGGAUGUUGGAUAGGGCAGAAUACAUCUGGUAUCAUAGCAGAUUACCUACGUAGCAACGGGUACCUUUCUACAGUGACUACGCGAAGAAUGUUUACUUUUUUUGGUCUAGCAGUUCCUGGUGUUUUGAUGAUACUUAUACAGUUUGCGGGCUGUAACCAGACAGCUGCGGUUGCUAUGCUGGUAUUAUGUCUAACUGCAGGAGGUUUCACUAUGGGAGGUUUUCAGGUCAAUCAUAUAGACUUGUCACCAAAUUUUGCAGGGGUCCUCAUGGGUAUGUCAAAUACUUGGGCAACAAUUCCUGGAUUCCUGGGACCUGCAGUGGUUGGCUGGCUGACACAUAAACAUGACACAAGAGCACAGUGGCAGAUAGUGUUCUACAUCGCAGCUGCAGUAUACCUGUCUGGUGCUGUACUGUACUGCUUGUUGGCGCGUGGUUCCGUGCAGGACUGGAACGAACCUGUGAGGGGAGUGACUUUCAAACAUGGAUCUAAGAAAAGUCAUGUACCGGAACAUCAGAGAUUUCCUGUUGCAAUUGAAUGAUGAAGCUUUGAAGUUUUAACACAGCACAUAUGUCUUUAAUUUUAUUUUAAAUUAACAGACAAUAAAUAGGCAUUCCUUUCUUUUUUUAUUUUUUUGGAGUUUUUCGUUCAGCUUUUUUGAGAAAUUUUCUGUGAACAGAGUUUUAAGCGUCUUUGUUUUUGGGUAUAAUUUUAGUGAAGGUAAUAUAAGAGGUUUGUUCAUAAUUAAGCAGCUUGCUUAGGAUGACUUCCAAUUAAUAAUUGACGUCACUUUUAAUAUUUAGGAAUGAAUGUGCUAUUAAGGCCUAAAGAAAGAUUGUUUGUUUCUGGUAACAUGCUUAAAAAUCAGGGUAGGUAGAUCAGUAAAUUUGUUGUUUUCUUUUUAGCUCACAUGUCACAAAGUGACAGUGUGAGCUUUUGUGAUCGUGCAGCGUCCGUCGUCUGUCGUCCGUCCGUGCGUCCGUCCGUCCGUCCGUGCGUCCGUCCGUGCGUAAACUUUUGCUUGUGACCUCUCUAGAGGUCACAUUUUUCAUGGGAUCUUGAUGAAAGUUGGUCAGAAUGUUCAUCUUAAUGAUAUCUAGGUCAAGUUCGAAACUGGGUCACGUGCUGUCAAAAACUAGGUCAGUAGGUCUAAAAAUAGAAAAACCUUGUGACCUCUCUAGAGGCCAUAUUUUUCACAAGAUCUUCAUGAAAAUUGGUCAGAAUGUUAACCUUGAUGAUAUCUAGGUCAAGUUCGAAACUGGGUCACGUGCCAUCAAAAACUAGGUCAGUAGGUCAAAUAAUAGAAAAACCUUGUGACCUCUCUAGAGGCCAUAUUUUUCAUGGGAUCUGUAUGAAAGUUGGUCUGAAUGUUCAUCUUGAUGAUAUCUAGGUCAAGUUCGAAACUGGGUCAGCUGCGGUCAAAAACUAGGUCAUUAGGUCUAAAAAUAGAAAAACCUUGUGACCUCUCUAGAGGUCAUACUUUUGAAUGGAUCUUCAUGAAAAUUGGUCAGAAUGUUCACCUUGAUGAUAUCUAGGUCAGGUUCGAAACUGGGUCAUGUGCCUUCAAUAACUAGGUCAGUAGGUCAAAUAAUAAAAAAACCUUGUGACCUUUCUGGAGGCCAUAUUUUUCAUGGGAUCUGUAUGAAGGUUGGUCUGAAUGUUCAUUUUGAUGAUAUCUAGGCCAAGUUUGAAACUGGGUCAACUGUGUUCAAAAACUAGGUCAGUAGGUCUAAAAAUAGAAAAACCUUGUGACCUCUCUAGAGGCCAUAUUUUUCACAAGAUCUUCAUGAAAAUUAGUCUGAAUGUUCACCUUGAUGAUAUCUAGGUCAAGUUUGAAACUGGGUCAUGUGCCUUCAAAAACUAGGUCAGUAGGUCAAAUAAUAGAAAAACCUUGUGACCUUUCUAGAGGCCAUAUUUUUCAUGGGAUCUGUAUGAAAGAUGGUCUGAUUGUUCAUCUUGAUGAUAUCUAGGUCAAGUUUGAAACUGGGUCAGCUGCGGUCAAAAACUAGGUCAUUAGGUCUAAAAAUAGAAAAACCUUGUGACCUCUCUAGAGGCCAUACUUUUGAAUGGAUCUUCAUGAAAAUUGGUCAGAAUGUUCAACUUGAUGAUAUCUAGAUCAAGUUUGAAACUGGGUCAUGUGCCGUCAAUAACUAGGUCAGUAGGUCAAAUAAUGAAAAAACCUUGUGACCUCUCUGGAGGCCAUAUUUUUCAUGGGAUCUGUAUGAAGGUUGGUCUGAAUGUUCAUCUUUAUGAUAUCUAGGUCAGGUUCAAAACUGGGUCACAUGAGCUCAAAAACUAGGUCACUGUGUCAAAUAAUAGAAAAAAAACGACGUCAUACUCAUUUCAAAACUGGGUCAUGUUGGGACAGGUGAGCGAUUCAGGACCAUCAUGGUCCUCUUGUUUAAAUUUUUUAGCUCACCUGUCACGAAGUGACAAGGUGAGCUAAUGUGAUCGAGCAGCGUUCGUCGUCCGUGCGUAAACUUUUCCUUGUGACAUCUCUAGAGGUCACAGUUUUCAUGGGAUCUUUAUGAAAAUGGGUCAGAAUGUUCAUCUUUGUAAAUUCUAGGUCAAGUUCGAAACUGGGUCACGUGCGGCCAAAAAGUAGGUCAGUAGGUCUAAAAAUAGAAAAACCUUGUGACCACUCUAGAGGCCAUAAUUUUCAGUGGAUCUUCAUGAAAAUUGGUCAGAAUGUUCACCUUGAUGAUAUCUAGGUCAGUUUCGAAACUGGGUCAUGUGCGGCCAAUAACUAGGUCAGUAGGUCUAAAAAUAGAAAAACCUUGUGACCACUCUAGAGGCCAUAAUUUUCAAUGGAUCUUCAUGAAAGUUGGUCAGAACGUUCACCUUGAUGAUACCUAGGUCAAGUUCGAAUCUGGAUCACGUGCAGCCAAUAACUAGGUCAGUAGGUCUAAAAAUAGAAAAACCUUGUGACCACUCUAGAGGCCAUAAUUUUCUAUGGAUCUUCAUGAAAGUUGGUCAGAAUGUUCACCUUGAUGCUAUCUAGGUCAGUUUCGAAACUGGGUCAAGUGCAGUCAAAAACUAGGUCAGUAGGUCUAAAAAUAGAAAAACCUUGUGACCUCUCUAGAGGCCAUAUAUUUCAUGAGAUCUUAAUGAAAAUUGGUCAGAAUGUUCACCUUGAUGAUAUCUAGGUCAAGUUCGAAAGUGAGUCACGUGCCUUCAAAAACUAGGUCAGUAGGUCAGAUAAUAGAAAAACCUUGUGACCUCUCUAGAGGCCAUAUUUUUCAUGGGAUCUGUAUGAAAGUUGGUCUGAAUGUUCAUCUUGAUGAUAUCUAGGUGAAGUUCGAAAGUGGGUCACGUGCCUUCAAAAACUAGGUCAGUAGUUCAAAUAAUAGAAAAACCUUGUGACCUCUCUAAAGGCCAUAUUUCUCAUGGGAUCUGUAUGAAAGUUGGUCUGAAUGUUCAUCUUGAUGAUAUCUAGGUCAAGUUCGAAACAGGGUCAUGUGCGGUCAAAAACUAGGUCAGUAGGUCAAAUAAUAGAAAAACCUUGUGACCUCUCUAGAGGCCAUACUUGUGAAUGCAUCUCCAUAAAAAUUGGUCAAAAUGUUCAUCUUGAUGAUAUCUAGGUCAAGUUCAAAAGUGGGUCACGUGCCGUCAAAAAGUAGGUCAAAUAAUGAAAAAACGUUGUGACCUCUCUAGAGGCCAUAUUUUUCAAUGGAUCUUCAUGAAAAUUGAUCUGAAUGUUCACCUUGAUGAUAUCUAGGUCAGUUUCGAAACUGGGUCACCUGCGGUCAAAAACUAGGCCAGUAGGUAUAAAAAUAGAAAAACCUUGUGACCUCUCUAGAGGCCAUAUUUUUCAUGAGAUCUUCAUGAAAAUUAGUGAGAAUGUUCACCUUGAUGAUAUCUAGAUAAAGUUCAAAACAGGGUCACGUACCUUCGAAAACUAGGUCAAUAGGUCAAAUAAUAGAAAAACCUUGUGACCUCUAGAGACCAUAUUUUUCAAUGGAUCUUCAUGAAAAUUGGUGAGAAUUUUUAUCUUGAUAAUAUCUAGGUCAAGUUCAAAACUGGGUCAUAUGAGCUCAAAAACUAGGUCACUAUGUCAAAUAAUAGAAAUAACAACGUCAUACUCAAAACUGGGUCAUGUGGGAAGAGGUGAGCGAUUCAGGACCAUCAUGGUCCUCUUGUUUUAUUAAGUGAGACUUUUUGGAAAUUAUUUUUGUCUCAAAAAAUGAAUACAAAUAAGGGGGUUAUGCCUUUAGAGCAUCAGUAAGUUGAUUUCUAACAUCACUGACCAUGUUUAAAGCAUAAAAAGUGCAGUACUGCAACUUUCUGUUAGAAAGUUCAAAAAAAAAAAUCUCUAAGGCCAUCAAAACAUUUAGGCUCAGGCCAAAAAUUUAAGGUAGGUCAGGAUACCGGAAGCAAACAAUUUUUUUUAGGCCUAUUGAAUAACUGCACAAACACCUAUGCAACUGUACACAAAAGUGCUUAGAAAACAGUUAUUUGUAUUAUUUUGAUUCCAUCUAUUAUUUUUAGAAUAAAGGUUUGCAAGAAAAAGAAUCUAUGUGCAUGGAAUAUCUGGCUCUAGGGUAACUGUUUCUACGGUAACAUGGCAAAGCAUCGUUACCAUAUGAAGUGUUACUGUCGAGCUGUAUAUACCAAGCUACAGCUGAAAACAACGAUUCUUAUAAAUCAAACAUUACAUACCCUUGUUAUAAAUGGAAUUCAUAUAAAUUUCAAUGGGAGAUAUUAUUUUUGAGGUAUUAACAAAAGAAAUUACUAAUUGAUAGUCCAUUUUAGUGUUUUCCUGGCAUUAAAUUUAGUAAGCUCAGUGGAAAAGUGUUGUAUGAUAUAAUAAAUCAAAAGGUCAAAGCAAAAGAGGUCUAAGUGCAUUAUAGAAAC